AUGGCGUCUAUUGCAAAUCCUCUUUAUUUCUUCUCAGACUCCACGACAACAUCCCCAUCUUCGAGUAAUGUUAUUCGAUUUAUAGAUGUUCUUGACUUUUUCUUUAUUGCACAUCCUGAUAGUGGACGGAAAGAGGGCGAUGAACACAAAAGAGUUAUGUAUUUUCAUCCGAAAAGCGAAAAUAUUGACCGACAGACAGAAUUAACCGGAUUUGCUGAAGCUGUUGUUAAUUUCACCGAUAAUUUUUUGUCACAUGCGAAUCGACCACCUUUUCAUUUAUCAGGCACUGACGAAUUCGAAUAUCGAACGGUAUCGACUCAGAAAGCGGAACAUAUUUAUAUUCAGAUAGAAAACAAUAAAUUCAUCAUGGGAGUCGCUUUGUCCAAACAACUCAGCUUCGUUUCCGAUUACCCAUUGUUUCAACCAGCUCUUCGAAACAUUCUUUGUGAUGCCUAUAAAAUGUUCCGAAUGUUUUUUGGCACGUUUGAAUCCUUCAAGUAUAAGUUGACUGAAGAUGAAUCUAAAUUCAAAGAUCGCCUGGAUUUCUUUUUUUCCCGAUACAUUCCUCUUCUUAAGGUUCAUAAGAUGCCAUUAUUGGAUCAUCUUGGCGGCGUCGAAUUUUUGCGGAUAUCUGGACCAUUAUACCUGAAUGUCGUUACUUUGAUCUCUGAACUUCAAGAAGAGUUCCCUCUUAUUGAAAAAAUAGUUUUCUUCUAUCAGAGCAAAUUACUUUAUUACUCAUUAUCUCGACGGGAUCUACCUUCAUUGUUUCAUUAUCUCACACAAAAUCUUUUGCCAACAGUUCUCGCCCCAGAAUUGGAACCAACCACGACAAAAUCAACGAAAGGAAGAUACUUACGAGGACCUGUUAACUUAACAUCAGACGACCCGCUUUUGGGGGAUGAAUGUUUACCAAUUGUGCAUCUUCACACUUCUGAACUCGGAGGGUCCGUAGAUAUUGGGAUUGGAGAAGAAGAAGAAGAACUCUUACAAAAAUAUCAAAUGAUGGUUUAUCGCUGCUUAAAUGCGACAAUUUGUAUGUUUGUUCGCUGCAUUGAGCACACAGAAAAGCAAUCUAGGCAAAGUUCUGUGAGCAGCAAUGAAGAAAAACCAGCUCAGACUAAUGGAGUUCAAAAGCGGAUUGUUAGUCGAAGAAUGCUCAAAAACAUCGAUUCUUUCUUAGAAACUGAAUUAUCAAUUGUUGCAAACAAAAUCGGUGAUGAAAUCAGCAGCGAACUCGAGCAAACAUCAAUGCCAACUGAUUUCCAUUAUAUUUAUUUCAACCCAGCUUCCCUAUCGAUGACUUCUUCAUUGUCGUCGUUGGCAAAUCAAUCGAAUGUCUAUCAAACGGUCAAUUCGUUACCGAAAAUUGCAAUGCCUCCAAUGGAUGUGAAUAGGCUCGUGUGUGACACCAUGUCAAAUUUUGUGUCGGACUCUGAAGAGUUUGGAGAAUGCUUUGUAAAAUCGGACACCGAUUGGUGGAUAGUAGUUAAAAAGGUGAAUUCUCGUCUCCUCGUCCUUCUUCUACCGCCGUCAGCACACACUUCUUCGUUGGCAGAUGUUCAGUCCAAAACGCAGGUUAUUGUCCAAUCCCAUUUCCAAGCAAUUUUCUUGAGCUAA